UGGCGGGUUGAGAUAUUUUUUAACUCUCGUGUCUAUUCUGAUUCUUCAUUGGGAUUUUAAUUGUCCCGACAACGCUUCCCGCAUUGUUUAGUGUUUAAAUGUUAUGUGGAUAAAUAUCAGGACCCGAAGGAAAGCUGAAAAGACUGGUACUGGAGUUUCACAAUAUUUUCCACCACAACCACUGGGAUUCAGUAUUUGGAACUACAGAAAAGUAUAUUUUAUUCUCCCAGGGAAGUACCAAACUCGUUUCCAUUAUAUUGUACUGAAGCUGCAAGACCUUGCUAGGGUUUGUGUAAGUGAGAGGGGAACCUAGGAGUCUUACCUAAGCCGGACAUCGCCUGGAUAUAAGACGUUGGUCCUGUGUGCCAUAAUGAGCGUAGUGGCUGGGGUACCCCAAGGGUACGGGUCGUCGCCUCCCCCGUCUUACGGCACCACUUCAGGUCCUGUAGUUCCCAUCCUGAAGGAUGAACGUCAGGGACCUGACCAGGCCGGCAACUAUAACUUCAACUUCGAAACAGGUGACGGCAUCAAUCGUCAGGAGCAGGGCGCCCCCCAGGGCCCAGCUGGUGCCGUGGCAGCGCAGGGAGGAUGGUCGUUCACCUUUCCCGACGGUACUCUUGGGGAGUUAAAAUUCGUGGCUGAUAAUGAAGGCUACCGCCCGGAGUCUCCCUUGCUGCCCACGCCCCAUCCUCUCCCAGCCCACGCCGUCGCCCAGAUCGAGUUUGCCCGUCAGCAAGAAGGUGCCGGUCCCAGACCCACGUACGGUACUCCUACUAAACCAGGAUACAACUAAACGAUGGCCAU